GUCAUCGGCCGGCGUUGCAGUCCUCAAGUUACAAACAAACACCGUAAACUUAACAUUUCCGUCCUGUUGAGCCUCCAGCUUCAGGGAUGCCCACGUCAGUACAAGAAAUCUACAUCCCAAAGAAGUCUAACUCCUCCUACUUCCUGCGUGUGGACUGGAAGGGCCGGAGCUUGGCCUCAGGUUUCCAGAUUCUGCUGACCAAUGGACAGGAUGCAUGGAGAGGUGAAGUAAGUGAGGCUGUGGUGAACCAUGAGGCUGAGGAGAUGGAAAUGCAGACAGAGAAGUACACCCAGGACCUCCAGAAGGCGCUGGUGGCAGGAGAAGACUCCUACAGUUUCACGCUGACGCCAGACCCACCUGACUGCCGCCGCUCCGUGACUCUGGUGUACGAGAAGAUGCAGAAAGACAUCUCGUUUAGGCUGGGUGGUGUCCUGCUGGAGGUCAUGGCGGAGCCAGUGGAGGCCAUCAGGGAGCUACUGGUUCACAGUCUGCAUCGAGGAACCAGUCUGGAGCACCAAAACAACAAACUGGAGGAGGAAAACGAGAGGCUGAGGCAGGAGCAGCAGCGCAUCUCUGCAGAGCUGAGACGCUACGCUGGCGGUAAAGAGGCCCUGGAGGCUGAGCUGUUCUCUCGCUUCGUCCCGGUCCUGAACAAGAAGAAAGCAAAGAUCCGCAGUCUGCAGGAAACCCUCACAAACCUGCAGGAAGCCAGAAGUUCUGACAAGUCCGUCCCAACAGCUGGUCUGGAUGGUGAGGAUGACUACGGAGGAAGUACUGAUGAAGAGCAAGAGGACGUACAGAUGGCUCCAGCGUCUAGUUUGCCAUCCCGAGAAUCUUCCACUCCAAGCCCGUUGGACGACAGCCUGCGUGACAUCACAGAUGUGGCUCCCUGUCGGAAGCGGCGUUUCCGACAUCUCGAAGCACCAACGCCCACCAUGAAAAAGCCAAACCCCGAGUCAUCUCAGAGACGAAGGACCAACUCCCCUCCAGCUUCAAGAAAGGUCCAGAGCAAACAGAGCUCUGAAGACGCGGCGGAGGCAGCUGAGGAUCUGUUUGAGGACUUCUGACUUUAGAUGGUUUCUGCUACGAUUCAAGUUAAAAGAAAAGUUAAUACAAACAUUUCUUUUUUACAUGCAAGGGAUGAAUUUCACUAAAAAGUCUCUAGACAUGGAUGGGUGUGCUGAUGAUGGUUCCACGCCAGCUCUCUCUACGUGUAGUUCCUCCUCCAGACCAGCGGGGGGGCUCCCUGCUUCAGGAUCAGCCUCAACACCAGAAGUAGUGGAGAAAGAAGAAGAGCGGUCUUUUCAACAAUCUGGAGACAUCCGUCUCUGUUUUUAAAUAUUGGAAUAAAAAAAUAUGAUUGCA